AUGCAGUUCGCCUCCCGCAGUGACUUCUCUGGAGUGGCCGAGGCGCCGGGCUUGCAAAGCUACCCAAGCCAGAACAGUGAGCAUAGCCGGACGCUGCGCUCCAGGCAGCCGCAUAGUGGCCUGCCCGCCUUGUCACCGCCUGAUCCCUGGUAUGAAAACAACGCCGCACACAAGAGCGCGCGUCUGGCGCGCAGUCCUGCCGACUCUACGGCGCGUCUCCUCUUCCCGUACCUGACGCCGGCAGUGGCGGUGGCUCCUGGGUUGGUCACGUGUGGAACGAGCGUCGCCUACCAGCUAAGCGUGUUCGGCACGCUGAGACCCGUUGUAGUGAGGUAUUUGUGUGUGCCUACUCGACCUCCUCCACCACCACCACCUCCAUCGCCUCCACCUCCUCCACCUCCGCCACCGCCUCCUCCGACAAGGCCACCACCUCCCCCUCCGACUCCACCGAUAAUAAUUCUCGUGUUGCGAGGACUUGCCGUGGUCCCCGCCAAAUAG